CUAUUAGUAUAUUACUGGGAAAAAAUAAAAACAAAAACCCUAGACUGAUCCAACUUAUUUUGCCUUUAGCAAAAUUUCUGUUUUCAGGCACUCUUGCCAUAAACUCCAACAUAAAGAAAUGGAUUGGUCUCCAAAACAUGCUACAAAUGCAUAUCUUGAUGCCCUAAAAUUGUGUAGCACAACCAAGAAGCCUCGCAGCUCGCGCGCGCAGAAGCCCGAGAGCAACGAGUUCAUAUCAGCAUUGGCAGCAGGGAUGAGCGCGAAGCUGAUGGUGGAGGUGACAUCGGAGGUGUCCCCAUCGACGAUAGCCCUAGCAGCAGCAGCUCGACAGACGGGGGGGAAGCUCGUGUGCAUCCUCCCGGAGUCCGAGCUGCUGACAUCCCAAAAAAGAAUCGAGGACUCGGGGCUGAGGGACAUGGUGGAGUUCAAGACAGGGGACCCUGCAGAGGUGUUGCUCAACUACGAGAACGUGGACUUCUCCCUCGUGGACAGCAAGGCCGAUGACUACGAUAGGCUGCAGGAGACGUUGGACGUGAACCUCAAGAGGUCCGUGGUGGUGACGAGCAACCUCUUGGAAGGGGGGAAGGGGCUGGGAGGGUGCUUGAAGGGAGUGGAGAAGACGACGAGGGUGAGGUCCAUGACGCACCCUAUUGGGAAGGGGAUGGAGGUGACGAUGAUCGGGAAGAGUGGUGGCUACAGGAGGAGCAAGUCCGGGGGAUACACCGUUGAUGGUGGCGAGGGGAGGAAGAGCAAAUGGAUCUCCAAAGUGGACCAAGUUAGUGGGGAGGAGCAUAUAUAUAGGAUGCCUAGAUCGCAGGCGGCUGCAGCCGGAGCCGGAGCCGGGCAAGGCGCCGCCCGAUUGAGUUGAGUUGUUGAGGUUUCUUGGUUGUGUGCUAGUGUUUGUUUUGGAUUUGUGGCAAAGGUUUUGUUUUGUUCAAUGUGGAGAUGAACUUGAGGGUUUUUGUGGUCUUGUAACAAAGCUGUGAUUGGUUUUCUUGAAAAGGAAUUAUAGAAUGUUUUAUUGUA